CUUUUGUGAGGGAGGCGGGGUGGGGGCGGGGGGUGUCCGCGUUUCAUUCUUCGCCGCGUGCCUUUCAGGCGGCGGACGAGGCGGCGGCUCGGAGGAGGAGGCCCAGCUCGGCUUUUCCCGCCUCAUCUCCCUCAGUUGUUGCGGCGGCAGCGGCUGCCACGCGGGCCGGGCCGGCUGGAGAGAGAGAGAGGCCUGCUGCUGCCCGCCGAUGCCCCCCAAAAAGGGAGGUGAUGGACUCAAGCCACAUCCAAUCGUUGGAAGAUUCGGGACAACCCUGAAAAUUGGCAUCGUUGGCUUGCCAAAUGUUGGGAAAUCUACCUUUUUCAAUGUAUUAACCAAGAGUCAAGCUGCAGCAGAGAACUUUCCUUUCUGCACUAUUGAUCCAAAUGAGAGCAGAGUACCUGUACCAGAUGAAAGAUUUGAUUUCCUUUGCCAGUACCACAAGCCUCCGAGCAAAAUUCCAGCCUUUCUGAAUGUAGUGGAUAUUGCUGGCCUUGUGAAAGGAGCCCAUGCUGGACAGGGACUAGGAAAUGCCUUUUUGUCACACAUUAGCGCCUGUGAUGGAAUCUUUCAUCUACUGCGAUCAUUUGAUGAUGAUGAUAUCACACACAUUGAAGGAAGUGUUGCACCUGUUCGUGACAUUGAAAUAAUACAUGAAGAACUUAGGCUAAAAGAUGAGGAAAUGAUCAUGCCCAUUAUAGACAAACUAGAAAAAGUGGCUGUACGAGGAGGUGACAAGAAAUUAAAACCCGAAUAUGACAUAAUGUGCAAAAUCAAAAGCUGGGUAAUAGAAGAAAAAAAGCCUGUCCGUUUCUAUCAUGAUUGGAAUGACAAAGAGAUUGAGGUGCUGAACAAACACUUGUUUUUAACUUCAAAACCAAUGAUCUACUUGGUUAACCUCUCUGAAAAAGACUAUAUUAGAAAGAAAAACAAAUGGUUGAUAAAAAUUAAAGAGUGGGUGGACAAGCAUGACCCAGGCGCCUUGGUCAUUCCUUUUAGUGGGGCCUUGGAACUCAAGUUGCAAGAAAUGAGUGCUGAGGAGAAACAGAAGUAUCUGGAAGAGAACAUGACACAAAGUGCUUUACCAAAGAUCAUUAAGGCUGGGUAUGCAGCACUCCAACUAGAAUACUUUUUCACUGCAGGCCCCGAUGAAGUGCGUGCAUGGACCAUCAGGAAAGGGACGAAGGCUCCUCAGGCUGCAGGAAAGAUUCACACUGAUUUUGAAAAGGGAUUCAUUAUGGCUGAAGUAAUGAAAUUUGAAGAUUUUAAAGAAGGGGGUUCAGAAUCAGCUGUCAAGGCUGCUGGGAAAUACAGACAGCAAGGCAGAAAUUACAUAGUUGAAGAUGGAGAUGUUAUCUUCUUUAAAUUUAACACACCUCAACAGCCUAAGAAGAAAUGAAUAUCAGAUCUGUUCAUUACUCAAAAUUAAACUCUGUUACUUUAAAAAGCAUAUGGGUUUUUUUUUAAUUUAGAUAGGGAUAUCUUGAAGACAAAAAUAAAAUCUGUAUACAUAAGGACAAAUAACCCCCACAAAUGAAACCCCUUGUGUUUGUUUUGAGUUGAAUUAUGACACCUCCAGUGAAUGUACAAGUUCACUUAAAUGUGAACAGCUCUGCAUUUCAAAUGAUUAAGACUACUCCAAAUUGCAGGAGCUUUUCAGGAACCAUAUUACUCUCAUGAUACUUCAUUAAUCUCCAUCAUAUAUGCCAAGCCUGACAUGUUUGACAGUGAGGACAAUAUGGCUUGCUCCUUUUUGAAUCUACAGAUAAUGCAUGUUUUACAGUACUCCAGAUGUCUACACUCAAUAAAACAUUUGACAAAACCA